AUAAAUACCAGGUAUCAUCCACGCAUAUCGCAUCAUACAGCGCGCAAGCAGUUAUCUUUGACUAGCGAAGAGAAUGGGAGAGGUAGUAGAACUACGUUCUACUCCGGCAACGCCGAAGGCCGACACACCACCAAUAUCGGCCCCUCCAUCGCAGCUCCACUCUCCAUCACUAACGCGGUCGCCGCUGCUAACGCCGACGAUGGCAAAAUCGCCAAGGACUCCGAAGACACCGAGCCGGUUCUCGAUGACACCGAUCGCAAGCCCGAUGAGGAAAGCGGUGGUGAAUAUGAGGGCGUAUUUGGAGGAGGUUGGGCAUAUGACGAAGCUGGACCCGCAUGAUGCUUGGCUGCCCAUCACAGAGUCGAGGAACGGGAACGCUUACUAUGCGGCGUUUCAUACUCUAAGCUCUGGGAUUGGGUUCCAGGCGCUCGUGUUGCCCGUCGCCUUCACUGUUCUUGGAUGGACGUGGGGGACAGUAAUCCUGUCCUUGGCGUUCAUCUGGCAGCUCUACACCCUUUGGCUACUGGUCAUCCUACACGAAUCAGUGCCCGGUAACCGUUACAGUCGUUACCUUCAGCUCGCCAAUGCAGUAUUCGGUAAGCAAAACCCAUAUACUCCCUAUAUUCCAUAUGUACUUCAGAUUUCUCACACUGCAGCUCCCUACCCAUUCUCAGGCACAAAGUUCGGGAGAAGUCUCGCGUUGUUCCCCAUACUGUACCUAUCAGCAGGCACCUGCUCCGCCCUCAUAAUCGUCGGUGGCAGCAGCAUGAAGCAAUUCUUUGAGAUUGUUUGUGGCCCCACCUGCACUUCAGAGCCUCUAACUGCCGUUGAGUGGUACAUCGUCUUUACUUGCCUUGCAAUCAUCCUCUCACAGCUCCCAAAUCUCAACUCCAUCGCUGGCAUCUCCCUCGUCGGUGCACUCACCGCCGUCGCCUACUGCACCAUGAUAUGGGUCGUGUCAGUGAUUAAAGGUCGGCAACCGGGAGUCUCUUAUAAUAGGGCCAAGACAACAUCUGAGGUUGAUAGUGUGCUUGGUGUCAUAAAUGCCAUUGGAAUUAUUGCUUUUGCCUUCAGAGGGCAUAACCUUGUGCUUGAGAUUCAGGCAACUAUGCCGUCUACUCUUAAGCAUCCAUCUCGUGUACCUAUGUGGAGGGGAGUGAAGGCUGCAUACGUAAUCGUUGCAUUGUGCCUGUUCCCUAUUGCAAUUGGAGGUUUCUGGGCUUAUGGGAACCUGAUACCUCAGAAUGGGAUCCUUACCGCGAUGUUCAUGUUCCAUAGUCGAGACACCUCUAGUGCAGUGUUGGGCCUGACAACUCUCCUCGUCGUAAUAAACUGUCUUGCUGCUUUUCAAAUAUACGCGAUGCCAGUCUUUGACAAUAUGGAGUCUGGAUACACCAGCAAGAAAAACAAACCGUGCCCAAGAUGGUUGAGAGCAGGGUUUCGGGCAUUCUUUGGAGCGGUUGCUUUCCUAUUAGCAUUUGCAUUUCCUUUCUUGGGGGAUUUGGCUGGACUCAUCGGAGGUAUAGCACUGCCUGUGACUUUGGCUUAUCCCUGUUUCAUGUGGAUUAUAGUGAAGAAACCAGAGAAAUACAGUUUCAUGUGGUACCUCAAUUGGGGAUUAGGAAGUUUAGGCAUGGGUUUGAGUGUUGUAUUGGUUGUCGGAGGAUUGUGGAGGAUAGUAGAGACGGGUGUCAAACUUCGCUUCUUCAAGCCUCAGUGAUAGGAAUAAAGAGAUUAAGAUCGUAAAAGGUGCCAGAAAGUUCUAAUAUUCCAUUUGCUGAUCUAACGGAUAAGUGUGAGAAGCUUUAGUUGUCUGAACUCUGUGGUAUCAUAUGAUGUACAUACAGUACAUGUAGAGUUGCGUUAAAUAUUUUUAUGCCCACCCGCUUGGAUAAAUAUAAAACUACUGAAAUUUUGUCUUA